GCAGGUGUUUCAACAACAAACACCUUGCCUGCAAGCCAAAUUUAUACACACCUCGACGGCCCCAGAUAUGUUAAAGGCUUUUCCUGCGCCUCCUCGUCUUCUUUCCAUCCCCUCCUUCACGAGAGUAUAUUUGAGCAAAAUGAGCUCAGUGCCAUCACCGCCCAAAAUUCCAAAGUUCUUUUCUGUCGAAGGAAGUGAUAUACAUUUAAGAAGUAAAACAGGUGGGUUCAGAUUCAGCCUUGUCUCAUAUAAUAUAUUGGCUCAGGUUUAUGUGAAGAGCUCUCUAUUCCCGCACUCUCCUUCCUCUUCACUGAAGUGGAAAGCUCGUUCAAAUGCAAUUUUAACGGUUCUCAAGAAUUUAGGAGCUGAUUUUUUCUGUCUACAGGAAGUUGAUGAGUAUGAUAGCUUUUACAAAGGAAGCAUGCUCGAUAUAGGAUAUUCUAGUGUUUAUAUGAAGAGAAGUGGACAAAAACGUGAUGGGUGUGGGUUAUUUUACAAGCAUGAUCGUGCAGAGCUGGUCUUAGAGGAGAAAAUUGAAUACAAUGAUCUGGCAAAUGCACUUCAAGAUGGGAAUUCUUCAAAUGAUGUUGAACACAACAACGAUCAGUGGAAACAAAAGGAUGCUGCCCCCAGCAAUGCUCCUAAAAAGAACGCAGAAGAUCGUGGAGAUCCUAAUGAUCCCCGUGUGAGACUAAAGCGUGAUUGUGUUGGUAUUUUGGCUGCGUUCAAAUUCAGAGAUCUUCCUCAUCAUGUCGUUAUUGUGGCAAAUACACAUCUUUACUGGGAUCCUGAAUGGGCUGAUGUCAAGCUUGCCCAAGCUAAAUAUCUUCUAUCUCGCUUAGCGCGAUUCAAAGCACUGGUAUCAGAAAGAUUUGAAUGCGUACCUGAGGUCCUAGUGGCUGGUGACUUCAAUUCUACGCCAGGAGAUAUGGUUUAUCAAUACCUUGUAUCUGGCAACUCUUCAUCAACACUAGUGUCUGAAUGUUCUGAAGACGUUCCCAUUCACUUAUGUAGCGUCUAUGCUUGUACCAGAGGAGAGCCUCCAUUUACCAACUGCACUCCUGGAUUCACAGGAACAUUGGAUUAUAUAUUGUUUCACCCUUCUCACAAUAUUAAACCAAUCAGUUUUCUUGAGCUUCCUGACUCCAGUGCCCCUGACGUUGAUGGUGGCCUGCCUAACUUCAGUCAUCCAAGUGAUCAUCUACCGAUUGGUGCUGAAUUUGAAAUUAUCAAGGAAUAAAUAGUCUUCUGAAAAGUUAUAUUUGAUUUCUCUGGAAAAUUGUGUUCUUUUUGCUUUCAGGAGAAAUUCAAACAAAAAAAGGGGGGGGGGGGCGCAAGAGCAAGUGAAUGAUGGAGGCCAGCAUGAAAUAGUUACAGUAAGCCAAGCUUAUUCUAUAUUGAAGAAUCCCGACGUUUAGCGGAGAGAAUGUGGUGACUUGGCGGUUUCAGCAAAUUUAUUAAUCUCUGAUUUUGUUGAAUUGGUAUCAUUUUCUAGGAACAUUGUGUUAUGUCCUAUUUUAUUUGAGGGAAAGAAAAUAUUUUUUUUAAGAUAUAAUGCUUUUGUAUUCAUUCAUGUUAGUGAAAUAAGUAAUCUGUCAGCUUUCUCUAUUGAAGGUGAUAAAUUUUGCUACUGUAAGGA